AUGUCCGCGGCGCAGCGGUAUGUGUACUUAAUUAAUGCUUCUCCUGCGUUCCGACUCCUGGACCUGAACGUCUGGGUGCACUUGGGCGGAGCGGCCGCUUCGUGCUGUGGCCGUCUUUGCCCACGUGCGGUCUUGUCACGGGAGAGACUGGUCAGAGCGAGGCCUCUGCAGAUUGAUAACAAAAAGACGGACCUGCCCAUCGUCUACGACUCCAGCUGCCCCGGCCUGUGCUGCUUCGAGGACCAGCCGUGCAGGUACAACAACACGGGCUGCUACUCCGCAGCCUUGGCGCAGCAGAAGGUGAGGACGACGCCCACGAACGACGCCGAGUGCAAGGCCGUGAAGGGCAUCAACACGGGCCUGCCCAUCGUCUACGACUCCAGCUGCCCCGGCCUGUGCUGCUUCGAGGACAAGCCGUGCAGGUACAACAACACGGGCUGCUACUGA